UCUGCGACCUGAGAGAGAAAGACCGCGCGAGAAAGAGAGCGCGCGCGUGCAUGUGUGCGCGUGAGAGAGACAGCUAGCCUGGACACAGACCGUUCCUUCUCUUCAUGAACUCAGAGACAUGGGGCGCGGAGAUAGUACUAUUUUAAGAAUGCCUCUGUGGGGAUGGUUUUACCUCAACGCGUUUUGGCUUUUCCAUCCUUCGACUGCGUUCCAGCUAACGGAUGAAAGGGGCUCCAGUGGAAGACUGGAUCUGACAGAACUGAUCGGUGUUCCUCUCCCACCAUCUGUCUCCUUCAUCACUGGUUUUGAAGGUUUCCCUGCAUACAGCUUUGGUCCAGAUGCAAAUGUGGGUCGUCUCACACGCUCUUUCAUCCCUGACCCAUUCUUCCGUGAUUUUGCCAUCAUCGUCACUGCCAAACCCACUACUCGUCGUGGUGGAGUCCUGUUUGCCAUUACUGAUGCCAUGCAGAAAGUUGUACACCUAGGAUUAGCAUUGGCACCAGUGGAGGAUAGAUCUCAGCGAGUCAUUCUGUACUACACAGAACCCGGGGCCACACACACCCAGGAGGCUGCUUCCUUUAAGAUGGGGGAUCUGACAGGCCAGUGGGCCAGGUUCACUCUGGCUGUGCAGGAUAACGAAGUGAAGCUCUAUAUGGAUUGUGAGGAGCAUCAUAAGGUGGCUUUUUACAGGAGCAAGAAGAGACUAACGUUUGAGGACAGCUCUGGUAUUUUUGUGGGAAACGCAGGGGGAACCAGACUGGAAAGGUUUGUGGGAUCCAUCCAGCAGUUGGUGCUGACUCCAGACCCGAGAGCACCGGAUGAGCAGUGUGAGGAGGAUGACCCCUAUGCAUCUGGAUAUGGCAGUGGAGAUGACAUUUAUGAUGACAGUGAAACAGAUGAAGUAAAGAAAGUUCAUGAAGAGAGAGAAUACUCUAUUCCUGAGGAAGAUCAGACUCUGCCUGUCAGUGCACCUCCUACUGAGUCAUCAUCUGCAAUUCCAUCUGAUGAUGAAGAUCUGGAGGAAGAGGAGGCAUCAGGCCAAGAUGAGAUUAUCACUUACAAGGAACCAAACAAAACAGAGAAAGCUGUAUAUCUAAAAGGAAGUGAGUAUCCUGUGAUGAUUCCAGUGCACAAAGGGGAGAAAGGAGAUCAGGGACCUCCUGGCCCCCCUGGUCCUCCUGGACUUCCAGGCACAUCUAAUCCAUUAAGUCCCAAGGAAGAUGCUGCAACUUGGUUUGGAGAGCCAGGGGCCCGAGGACCACCAGGACCUACUGGUGCUCCAGGGAAGGACGGCUUACCCGGCAGUAAUGGAAAAGAUGGUCAACCAGGAGGAACUGGAGUUCCAGGGUUUCCAGGCGUACAAGGUGACCCAGGAAUCAAAGGAGAAAAGGGUGAUUCUGGAGUUGGCCUUCCUGGGCCUCCGGGACCACCAGGACGAGGAGGGGCAAUCCGAUAUGUGGAUGCAAUUGAUGGUUCAGGAUUUGAGGACUUUGACAGUGACACAGAGGUCAUCAAAGGUCCACCUGGGCCUCCAGGACCUCCAGGGCAACCUGGCCCUCCUGGUUCCCCUCUUGGUCUCUCUCCAGGGUUAACAGGACCUUCAGGGGCUCCUGGGAAAGAUGGGAAGGAUGGGGAGAUGGGUAAACCUGGAAUCCCAGGUGCUAAUGGCAGAGAUGGUGAACCAGGAGAAGAUGGUAUAAAAGGAGAACAGGGUGAAGCUGGAUUGCCUGGACUUCCAGGACAAAAGGGUGACCCAGGCCAGCCAGGUCUCCAAGGACAACAAGGGCCUGUAGGACCAGAGGGCAAAAAAGGACUGCCUGGACCUCCUGGGCCUCCGGGUCCACCUGCACACUUCAGUUUUGAUGCUUUGGAUUCAGAGAGUUCAGGAAUGGCUGGCGGCAGUGGCUAUGGGCCUUCACUUCCUAGAGGGCCUCCUGGUCUCCCUGGCCUUCAGGGUGCUCCAGGCCCAAAGGGUCAAGAUGGACUUCCAGGCACCUCAGAGAAGGGAGAACCUGGUCCCAGAGGACCUGAUGGAGCACCUGGACUGCAGGGACUUCCAGGAAAAAAUGGCGAGAAGGGAGAGAAAGGAGAUAUAAGACAAAAAGGAGAAAGAGGUCAAGAUGGAGUCAGUCUUCCUGGUCCACCAGGGCCACCCGGACCACCAGGACCUGUCAUCAACCUUCAGGAUUUAAUGCUAAAUGAUACUGAGGGCCUCUUCAACUUCUCAGGGAAUUUUGAAACACAAGGGAUCAUGGGGCCAAGAGGUCCAAAGGGUGACCGUGGCAUGCUAGGAGCCCUGGGCCCUCCAGGGUUAAAGGGUGAGAAAGGUGAACCAGGGAUAAUGAUUGGUCUAGAAGAAUCAUUACGGUCUGGAGUGACUUGGCCAAAGGGAACCAAGGGUGACAGUGGUGUUCCUGGACCACCUGGUGUGAUGGGGCCUGUCGGACCAGUUGGACCUAAAGGCGAAUUUGGAUUUCCUGGUCGCCCGGGUCGUCCUGGUUUAAAUGGACUCAAGGGAGAAAAAGGAGACUCAACCGGAUUACCGGGUCCGCCUGGUUCUCCUGGCCCACCUGGACCUCCUGGAAUAUUCACCUGCCCCAGAGGAACAGUGCUCCCGAUUCCUCCCCGGCCCAACUGUAAAAUGCCUAUCAAUGGAAAUUCAGCUCCAGAAGGAGCUAGCUGUUCUGGUGCCAAAGGAGAGAAGGGUGAAAGGGGUCUUCAAGGCCCACCAGGUCCUACAAUGACUAUACUGGGAAAAGGAACAGGUUCAACGGGAGAAAAAGGUGACCUGGGCUUUCGUGGCGAUAAGGGGGAGAAAGGCGAGGCUGGGAUGCCAGGGUUUCCUGGACGAUCUGGACAAGUGGGAGCUAAAGGAGAUUCAAUCAUUGGACCCCCUGGUAAUCCAGGACUGCAGGGACCACCAGGUUCCCCUGGCAUUGGAAGACCUGGUGCUACUGGCCCCCGAGGACUACCCGGACCUCCUGGACCACCUGUCUAUGGCUAUGGCUCUGCUGCUGCUAUCCAAGGCCCACCGGGGCGCCCUGGUCCUCCAGGACCCCCUGGACAAAUUGCUGGAUCUGGCUCAGUAAGAAAAUAUGCAAGUCUUCAAGAUAUAACGCGUGAGUUCAACGUUGAGGAGGGAACAUUGGCCAUGGUGACAGACAUGGGUAAACUUUACCUCAAAGUCCAAAGAGGAUGGAAGGAAAUUCAGCUUGGAGGUCUGAUUGAGACGCAUCCCUCUUCUGCCCUCUCACAAGACGAAGCUAGACCCUUACUAAAAACCCCUCGACUCAGCAAUUCUCCUGAAAUUCACACAGGAAGUGCGCUCAGACUGGUUGCAUUGAACACUCCACUGACGGGAGACCUGGGCUCCAUCCACUCAGUAAAUAAGCAAUGUCGGCUACAGGCUCAAGCCAUGGGCAUACGCGACGGGUACAGAGCCUUCCUCUCUCAUCAUCUGCAGGACCUGAUUGAAGUGGUGCAGCCUCCUUAUCGCAGCAUACCUAUCGUUAACCUCAGGGGUGAUGUUCUGUUUAAGAACUGGGAUAGCAUCUUCUCCAACCAUGUCCUCCCCUCAGCAAUCCCCCUCUACUCUUUUGAUGGACGGGAUGUGAUGAGUGAUCCUUUCUGGCCCCAGAAGGCAAUAUGGCAUGGUUCAUCAGAGAAGGGCAGACGUUUGGAUGAUAAGAACUGUGAGUCAUGGAGGGCUGGUGACAUGGCCAUCACGGGCCAGGCUUCCUUCCUGUAUAGCGGCCUGCUGAAUCAGCAAACACGCAGCUGCUCCAACCAGUUCAUCGUCCUUUGCAUCGAGACCAACCCUGACCACAACACCGCCGAAGAAAUCAAACGGGCACAAUAUCGUCAUAGACGCUGGCAUUACAGAUAUUAAAGUCAACAUCAGACAAUCAGAUUGUCAACAUUCCAGAUGUAAAUAUCUGAAAGCUAACUAAAGACCAUUAUUCCAAGUCAUCUGGAAGCUAAUAAAGAAUGAGUAAUAGCUGUUCUCAGGUUUUGAGCACAUGGAUGUUUAGUAGCAAAGCCAUUUCUGUUAGAAUGUAAAGCUGCAUGACUGAUCACCUUGUUUAAGCAGUAAGACCCACGGGUGUUAAACCCCUACAUACCAUUGUGAUGCACUGUAUUUUCAUUUCUUAUUUUCAUUUCUUCUAUAGAUGUUUUCUAUAUUACAUUAUCUUUUCAUUUUGAGUAGCAAAAUAUGUGUCAGUAUUUAAUUUAAGUUCAUUUUUUUAUUUAUACCUGACAGCACAUAAUCUAAGUCAGAAGAUUGAGAAUAAAUAUGUAAUUUAUAGUUUCUGACUUUCAGGUGAACUCUGCUUUAGUUUCUUGCCUGUUUCAUCAAAGAAAAUUCUAUACAGAAUUUCAAUUCUAAAUUCUGGAUAUGUGACUACUUUUCCCCCAAGAAAACAUGUUCAUUCCUGUUUUUCCAUUGUUAAGCCAACAGCUUAGGCAAUGUUUGUUGGUAGGAAAUAAAGGAGUAUUUUUUAAUUUCACUGGUGCUUAAAGAAUAAAAUCUCUUUUUCAAA